UUCAUAUCUGGCAAUGAAACACGAGUUUCUCUUUUGUUCGAUGUUUGCGAUGAAAAUGAUGAAACUAGAUUGAAAUUGUUUUUAUUUAUAAUUUAAAUUUCGUAAUCACAGUCAUUGUUAGUGCCUAGCACACAUAAGAAAAAUCAUUAAACAUGAAAAGUCAUUUAGAAUUAUUUCUUGUCUCUAUCUUUUAUGCAUUUCUUGUUAAAUUCUCUUGCUGUGAAGAGUCAUCGCCUAUAGAAUAUGGGGUUUUAGCUGCUGAAACAUCAACAGAUAAGGAAAAUUUUUGCAUAAUUUAUUUUCAAGAUUUUGCCACUUUACCUGAAACAAAAUCUGAAGCU